UUGGACGGGGUGCUCUACCGUAAACCUUGCUGCUGAUCAGGUGCCUUAUCUUGAAAGUCGAAUGUAAACAAAAUGACCGAGCCGUCGUCUCCUGGGACCAAGUUAUCAUUCAAAUCUGAUGGGUUGACGUAGAAAUUGUCCCUGGAGCCGCUGGAGAAUUUUCCAGGACGAAAUGGAUGUCAUGACACCUGAUGACGACGAGUUCAACGAACGGCUGCUCCACCAGUCAGCAUUAUGGGACAAUGCUGAACUGCUGGAGGACCUUCUUCGCGGGGAUCAGCUGAACAACAUGAACUCUCAAGAUUCUUGGGGCAGGACACCUUUACAUGCUGCUGCAACAACUGAAAGUUCUACUUGCCUGAGAGUUUUACUGCAAGCGGGAGCUGACCCAAAUAUUCCCUGCGGACCGAGGGGUGAAAAUAAGACUCCACUUCAUGUUUGUGCAGAGCAUGGAUUUGUUAAUAACAUACAACUACUAGUCCAACAUGGUGCUGACCUUAUGGCAAAAGAGGCCAAUGGAUUAACGGCUCUUGAUUUAGCCGAGAAAUCUGAGCAAAUAGAAUGCAUGAAGAUUUUGAAAAAAGCUGCAGAAGCAAAAGAGACUCUUAGACAGACAACCCAUGCUGCGUUAAGAGAAGCAUGUAUUGCUGGUGAUGCCGGAUUGGUCCGGAAUUUAAUCAACGAGCUGGGCGGUGAUGUUUCGACUGUUCUCAAUAUUCAGCCAAAUGGACUUAACACUCUUCUGUUCAUAGCUUGUGAGUUGGGCAAGAAAGACAUAGUAAAAAUUCUUUUGGAUUAUGGAGCCGAUGGUAGAAUACAUCAAAUCACCAAACACUCCCCCUUGCAUAUUGCAACAGUCAAAGGGAAAAAAGAUAUUGUCGAGCUGCUUUUAAAGAGAUUCCCUGAACUUGUUCAACAAUGCACUGUGGAAAAGUGGCUACCGUUGCACGCAGCUUGUAUCAAUGGCCAUAUAAACAUUAUGGAGGCUCUAUUGAAGUUUUCAUAUCCACAAAAUAUCAUGACAACUUUUAAACAAGGAGACUGGGAAUAUGAAUUGCCGUUUGAUGUGAAUUUUAAAGAUGUCACCGGCCAAACUCCUAUUUACCUUGCUUGUUUGCUAGGCAAUGUUAAAAUGGUCGAAACGAUGCUAAGGUUCAAAGUUAAAAGUACAAGAAUUAAGGUUGAAGACGAAAAAGAAAAAGAAGAGAAGAGUUUUGGAACAAGGAGGAGAAUCGCAGACGGAAUCCAAGUUUUAAUGACAAGGCUGAGUCUAGGUUCUAGGAACGAGACCAACGAAAGAAUGCUCAGCCCUUGGCACCUUGAUUUACUGUGUAACACCGAGCAAGAGACAGCACUGCACGUUGCUGUUCGAAACAUGAAUGUUGAAAUUACUUCUCUGUUACUUUCUUCAGGAGCUAAUCCCAACUUAAUAUCUCAAAAUGAUUGCGUGUGUUUGGUAGAAGCAUGUAAAUCUAGAAACAUCGCCUUAGUUGAUUUACUACUGAGAUAUAAUGCGCAUGAUCAUGAGUCAAAAGCAUUGUCUGUCGCUAUUCAGAAUAAGGAUGAUCUUUUAACUGCUAAACUACUAGCAAUAAGGGCCCACAGUGACCCUGAAUAUUUGAUAAACAAGCGUGCUAUGAGUGAAGCUGUUACCAAAGGCUUGACUUUUACUUCACUAUUGGCAAAUACUCCUGUUAUGAUCAAUUGGCAUGGCGGUUCUGCCCAAGUACCUUAUAUCCGUUACCAAUGGCUGGUCAGCGCUGCUCUCCACGUAAAUCCAAAAUUGAAGUUAAAUCCAAAAAGUCAAGACAUCGUUUUAUACGCGAUUACGAGAUUGGACGUUUCGAAUAAUUCUUUAGUCUGGAUUCCACCGGUAGUUUUUCAACUUCAGAGUUUAAAAGUAUUAAACAUUGCACAAAAUAAAAUCGAGAGGUUGCCGACUUCAGAAGAUUUUGAUGAUACGACAAAGUCUAAAUUGCAUUCAUCCAACAAAGGCUACUCUGCACCUGUUCUUGAAGAACUUUAUUUACAAGAUAAUAGGUUGGAUUUCCUGCCUGGUGAAAUUUUUUCUCUCCCUUCACUGGCAAUAUUAGAUUGUUCAAACAACAAGUUAUCAAACUUGCCUCAUCAGAUGUGGAAAUCGCCCAAAUUGAGGGAACUCAACGCUGCGUUCAAUUUACUUAAAGAGCUACCUUCACUUCAGCUUGAAGAUAUGAGUGAGAGUGCAAGCAUUUGUUCUUUUGAAUCUUCGAAAAGUGCCGAUACCGAUCUGAGCACGCCAAUGGAUAUGCCAUUCGCUCUUAACUAUCCUGAUCAGGAUCUAUAUUUACAGCAAUACGAGCUUCAACACAAUAAUCUGUGGAGUAAAAAUGUUGAAGUAACUGAGCACUGUGUUACUAACGAUGAAGAAGCAGAUUCCCAGUACUGUCAAAUUCAGACUUUGAAUUUGGCACACAAUCAGUUUGCAUCUGUUCCUCCUAUUUUGGCUUGUCUUGCUGUUAAUUUGACAAGACUUAAUUUAUCAUAUAAUCGGCUUCGCACUAUGAGUCAUAUAACAUCAUAUCCUUCUACAAUUAAGCAAUUGGAACUCAGUGGUAAUCAGAUUUGCUGUUGGAUGUCUCUUCCGCAAAUUGACUGUUUGGAUCCAAUGGAACAAGCUGUCAUUACGUGUUACGCACCAAAUCAGACUAAUAAACCAAACAAGAUGGUCACAGGCAGACCGCGUUCAUUUCGUAGCACGAUAUUAAAUUGUGUCUGCAGUCAUAGAAGGCAUCUGAGGCUGGACAACCUCCGUACUCUUAUUUUAGCAGAUAACGCCAUCCAAAGGAUCCAACUAACUACAGAUGAUGACGGGUUAUCUUCAACUGACAGCGAAGAUCACGAUUCUGAAUGGGAUCUCCUUGGAUCUGCGACUAGUUCAAAAUCAAAAUUGAUGUUCCCAGCUUUGAGCAUGUUAGACUUAAGUAACAACAAUUUGAAAGAAAUACCUCCAAUUAUCCAUGAACUGGGAAGUUUGUCUGUUUUAAAUGUUAGCGGCAAUGCUGAAAUAAAUGACUUACCACCACAAAUGGGUUUACUCUCGAGGCUGUGGAAUUUAAACGUUAAAGGAUGUAAUCUACAAGAGCCUUUGAAAUCUAUGAUCGACAGUAAAAAGUACAAGACAAUGGACAUAAUUGGCUACCUCAAGAGUGUUUUGGAAGAUGCUAAGCCUUAUGCUCGGAUGAAAUUAAUGAUAGUUGGAGUACAAGGGAUUGGAAAAACGUCACUUUUGGAACAACUGAGAAGCGAGGGUCACAAGAAAAAACCAGUGGAGCAUUGGGCUAAACGCAUGGGAAAUAAAAGUAUAAACAUAAAAAACAGUAAAGGUACUAAUUUGUCAACCGUUGGUGUGGAUAUCGGUGAUUGGACUUAUGAGAAAAAAAUCCGAGGACAGUCUUCUUAUGGGCCUGUAACAUUUAGAACGUGGGAUUUUGGAGGACAACGCGAAUAUUAUGCAACACAUCAAUAUUUCCUAUCCAAAAGAAGCUUGUAUCUAGUCGUUUGGAAAAUUCCUGAUGGACAGAAAGGAAUUUCUGAAAUUUUACAAUGGCUGGUUAACAUACAGGCUAGAGCUCCCAAUUCACCAGUUCUCAUAGUUGGUACGCAUUACGACAUGAUGCAGGAAAAUUACCCACUAUCUAGGGCAGAAGAUCUACAGCAAUUGAUAAGAGACAGGUUCAUAAACGUUGUCGACGCUGAGAAAUGUGGCCUUCCGAGAGUGAUAGACACAAUUGAAGUCAGCUGUAAAACAAGACAUAAUAUAAGGAUCUUGUGCAAUCUGAUUUACGAUACUGUCUUCAGUCUACGUACAGCAGGCAGUAAAACUCUUCUGCUUCAACAAUGUGUGCCUGCGAGUUAUUUGAUUCUUGAGGACGUGAUUGCACAGAUUGUCUCCGAAAGAAGGCAGAUGAAGCAAGAUCCAGUGCUCACGAGUGAGCAGUACAGAAGUAUAGUCGCAAGUUACCAUACCAACCUUAGAGACACUUCGGAACUACAUCAAGCAACUUUAUUUUUACAUGAAAAUGGUGUUUUACUGCACUACGAAGACUCAACAUUAAAAGAUUUAUACUUUCUUGAUCCUCAAUGGCUUUGUGAUAUGCUUGCCCACGUGGUCACUAUACGUGAAAUAAAUCCUUUUGCAAGAAACGGUGUAAUGAGACUGGACGACUUAAAACAUGUAUUCAAGUCUUCCAAUCUUGGCGAUGUCGAUACAAAAGGCUACAUUGUACAUUUACUCAAUAAAUUCGAGGUCGCUCUUACUUGGGACAACAGAACACUUCUUAUUCCAAGCCUGUUGCCUACUGAGGAUGACAUUUACACUCCCUCAGUUAGAGUAAAAAUCCCUGUGAGAUCGAGGGCAUGGGCAGUAAGAAACAAAAAAGCAAACUUAAAUACCUACGCAAAUUUAAACAAUUCUGAAGAAUCUCAACGAGAGAAUGAGCUUACAUCCCGUAACGAUCCAGAUGUAGCAAUAAGAAGACUGCUUCUUUUAUCGUAUGUUCCUUCUGGGUUUUGGUCAAGAAUUAUUACACGUCUCCUUGCUGAUGAUAUAAUAAUACAAAUUGUACGAGAAUUUUUUGUUGUCCCAAAAGAGGUAUCACAAGAUGUAAGAUUAGCCAAACUUUUAGACGUACGAGCAGAAUGGUCUCUAUGGCAGACUGGCAUGGAGUUAAGAUACGCUCACACGGUACUUUUUUCAAUGAAAGAAAUUAUUCAUACCAACAACAACCCAAUUGAUUAUCAAAGCUUAAGGUUGCAAUUAAAACAAGAAGGGUCUUGGACAGAUGUUAAUUUCCAAAAUGUCUCAUUAUUAGAGCUGUACCUUCCUUUGGACACUUUAGUUAUUAAACAACCUGUUAUGGAACAAGGUUCUGACUCUGUUAUUGGAUAUCAAGCAAUCGUUCUUGAGCCUUCACCUCAAAAAGCAGCACAUUUGCUCGCCCUUGCAACAGAUCAUAUUGAUAUCUUGCUAGAAGAUUGGUACCCAACUUUAGGAACUCGUUUUGUACAUACGUCUGAAGGAAAACUUCUAGUAACAAGAAUCGUACCGUGCCCUACGUGUAUUUCUAAUGUCGGGCAGAAUAACUUAGAUAAUCAAAAGCAUGCGAACAGUCCAGAAGAAGGAAUAGUUAUUAGAGUUUCCAAUGAAAGUUCUGACCGUGACAGUGGAGUUGCUGAUAGUCCUUCUUCAAGCCGAGUAGCAUCAGAAGAAGGAUUAACUAUACCGACCCCGAUGAAAAACUUUCAAUAUAGUUGGAUGGUUGAAGAAUGCAUAUUAGCGGCGAUUGAAAAAAAGAAUAUUCGCUGUCCUGUACAUGGUGAAAUUUCCCUAGCACACGUGGCACCAGAUACUUUGUUCUUGGAUGUUGGAGAGGCAAACUUGAUAAACAGCAGUACGGUUAGUCGGGGUAAACUUCUCGGAAGAGGAGCAUUUGGUUUUGUUUUCCAGGGUACAUGUAUGUUGAAAACAACUGGUACAAAAUUAUCAGUUGCGAUUAAAGCGAUCCAGCCUGUCCCACCACCUUCAGGCGCAUCUAAUUCUGCUGUGAUAGCUUAUAAGAAUGCACAAGUAAAAUGGGAACGAGACCCAAUCCAGCAUGCAAGCAAGGCUUAUUCCACAGCAAGGCAGGAAUUGGGGAUUCUACUAACUGUCAGACAUCCUAAUAUUGUUCCAUUGAUUGGGAUUUGCCUGGACCCUCUUUGUUUAAUACUGGGGUUAGCACCACAAGGCGCACUACACACUAGUUUACGCAGUUUUCGACGUUGUGCUGCUACAUUACAUCCAAUAACUGUUCAAGGAAUAAUUUUACAAGUUGCCAAAGCAUUAGAAUAUCUACAUCAACAGCAUAUCAUUUAUAGAGAUCUUAAGUCUGAAAAUGUUUUAGUCUGGGCACUUCCUGCCCCAUUUCAAGACCACUCAGAAGUUCCUGCUCAUAUAAAACUAGCUGAUUACGGCAUAAGCAGGUUGACCCUUCCUUCUGGUACCAAAGGAUUUGGCGGUACUGAAGGGUUUAUGGCACCAGAAAUAAUGAAAUACAAUGGCGAAGAAGAGUAUACAGAAAAAGUUGAUUGUUUUUCAUUUGGUAUGUUUAUUUAUGAGCUUGUUACCCUUCAUCAACCAUUUGAAAAUCACGAAUCUGUGAAAGAAUGCAUACUUGAAGGAGGACGUCCUAAUCUUACGCAACGGGAAACCCACUGGCCAAGUUGUAUCUUGGACCUCAUGGUGCUUUGUUGGUCACACCAGCCCUGUGACCGCCCCACUGCUUCUCAGAUCGUCAGCAUAUCUUCUGCUCCAGAGUUUACUCACUUGUACGAUGUGAUCUCUCUAAACCAUAGCUCUUCCAUUCUGACAACUGCAUCAAAUCAAAUAUUUAACAAUUCAGAAUACAAUUGUCAUAGUGUUUGGCUUGGUUGCACCAAUUCAAAAAUUUACCAGUUAUUAUCGAGUGAUCAAAAUUGGCUUCAGUACUCUGAACUUGCACCUCUCUCCGUUCAUACACCACGCCGCGGGAAUCAGAAUGCAAUCGCGACCCCGACUGCGCUGUGCAUUGUAAAAGAUAACAUAUGGAUUGGAGAUGACGCCUCUCAUAUCCAUGCAUAUUCGGUGCAUGAAAUGAAACUGGUAUGGUGGUAUAGCAUGGUGGAAGGUGACGACAAGAGCCCGGUUUUACGUCUUCUCUGGUUAGAGCCGUUGGGAAGGGUCGCAGUUGCCCUCAGUUGUGGACGAAUAUUCCUAGUUACAGACUCAUCUCCUAAAAUGUCCUGUAUGGCCGAAGGAAGCUUUGUUUUGACAGAACUAGGCUCAGCGUCAUUACUUCAUGACAUGACAGCUGUGUUUUCUUUGAAUCACAAGAUUUGUGAAUUAUGGUGCGGGGAAGGAAAUGGGGCGAUUUCUGUGUACACACUUGAAGAAAGCGUUGUGACAAACUGUGAAAAUUUAAAUCAUUAUGACCCUCUAAUAGCAAAUGUUGAUGUUGUACAGUUGGUUUCAUGCUCGGAAGAGCAUCAAAAAUUUGUCUGGACUUAUGUUUAUCCAGGUUGUGUGGUGUACCAGUGGGAUGUUGCAGCUAAAGCAAUUUUACAUAAACUUGACUGUUCCAAGCUUGUACCAUGUUCCGAAAGCUUGAAAUCUAUUAGUAUUGAUGAACACUUAAGUCCAGGAAGAUGUCAGGUAACAAGUUUGUGUGUCGUCAACAAAGAGUUGUACAUUGGUACAACCUGGGGAUGCAUGGUGGUUGCUGAGACAUGGUCAUUGCGGCCAAUAACUGUAUUCAGGCCAUACGAAGGAGAACUGAAUGCUAUCGUAGCACUUCCAGCUAGUAAACCACCGACGAUAGCGACAUUCGGACGUGGCUAUAGAUCUCUUAUCACCAGGUACAAAGAGGUUCCUGGUAACAUUGACAUCCAACACACUUAUCCAAUUUUGUGGUCAACUGAUGAUUGGGUACCUGUGUAAAAUAAUUUUUAUAUUGUUAUCGUAGUGUAAUGUAAGCAAGUGGCUUACAAAUUAGAAUUUUUACCAAAAACUAAACAAAGUAAUUAUUCAAAGCCUUAAAAUAUUUUUCUUGUUACAGCAACCGCGCCAUUUUAAAUCUUGACAUUUAUUUGCAAUUGUGAUAUAUAUUUUUACACCUUUCUUUAGUUUUUCUUGUUUUUAAUGUAUUUUUUGUAUAUUAAUUAACACUUAAUAUUAUUUACUCUAUUGAUGUGAUUUACAUAAAUAUAAAUGGCUAAAUAUUUGUCAAAAUUACACAGUUGACAUACGUAAGUAACUGUCUAAAAAUAAAUAUAUAUGAAACAAAAGAGCUUUAAAUAUUGUUAUCUAUUAAUGUAUUUUUUAUGGAACAUCUAAAUGGAGGUAUAUUAUUAGUUCUUGGUUCACUCACUCCAAUUUGUUUUGAAUAUAAAGUUUAUUUAUGCACGAUUAAUUUCAGCACAAUUCGUAUUAAAUUUGUGUUGAUAAUUUAGUUAUAUAAUUAAAUUAUUAUUUCUGUAGUAAUUAUAUUUGUGAGAUUGCGAAGACAAAAAUGCUCUUUCUGUCCCAACAGGAAAAUAACAGACUUGUAGGGUUUGAGGGAAAAAGAGAAUAUCUGCUUAUCCUGAUGGGAUUGAUAUCAUCAAUCAUUGAAAAUGAAAGUAAAUUUGAAAAAAAUAAAAACACAUUUCCUUUGAAGCUUUGGAAGAAUAUAUCCAUUCAUCAGGACUUUUUUGACUAUGCCUAAUGAUUUACAUGGUGGCAAAGAACAUAAUGAAUUUACUAGUUUAGCUUAAUAGAGUGAACAACUGUAAUUUAAUUUUUAAAUGUAAUAGAACACAAAAUUAUUUGUAAACCUAGCUCAAGUGAGAUAGACUCGUGUAAGUUACAUAUAACUCAUAUUCAAUUGGCUUGGAUAACAAUAAGUUAGAAUUGUAAUGUGGAAUCGAUGGAUGGUAGGUUUCAUCCAUUCAACUAAACCAUACUCGUAAAUAUUACAAGUAAAGUGUAAAUCAUAGAAAGAGUUUCAAAAUAUUGAUGAAGUGGAGAUCUUUGAAAAUUGACAAAGUAACCGAGUGUUUUUCAUUCUUUUAAAUUCACUUUGUCCCUAAUUUUGAAUAUAUAAAUAUUCUCUUAGUCUGAUAGGGUACUGGAGGAAGAGCAGUGAAGAUGGAGAACAUCGACCUUCAUUGUGCAUACCCCAUAUGACGUAUUUGUGUUCAUAGUUUAAUGCGGACCAUAACAAAUAAGAUGCCUCAAAAACAUUAACGUCCUUCAGUUAAUAUUAUUUUUUAAUUUGAUUUUUAUUUGUCAUUAAUAUUUUUUGUAAGCUUUUCAAUUAAGAUGUUGGUACUUUAUGAAGGGGCACAUGAAUCGUAUAUUUUAUUAUAAACCACCAUUCUGGUGGUGAUCAUUAAGACUUGUUUCCUACAUCAGUCGCCUCUUUUUAAGUAUAGCUUCGUCAAUUUUCUAAGUCAUAUUUUUUAUUUUGUCCAGUCAGCUUUUCUAUUAUUUUUUGUUAACUUUUCAACAUGACUAUUGUAAUUUUAUCAAGGGGGCUGAACUCCCUGCUAUUUAAUUUAUGUGCUAUUUUAUAAUGCUAUUCAACUUUACUUUUAUUUGUUAAUUAAACUUGUAAGAGCAAGUGCUGAUUAAAUAGUAAGUAAUGCAUUAAGAUGAGAGAAAAGGCUGGUCCUUCAUUUCUCAUGUUAUGCAUGUUAUUGUAAAAGAGUGAUUUGAGAUUUUUAUCUCAAUUUGUAACAAUUCUGCUAUUAUUGUGUGGUAAGAAUUGUGAUGGUAAAAUAUAAAAAAUAAAAUACUAAAAACUAAAAUAA